GACUGAACACGCUGCGAAUCAACCCCCUUCCCCCAACGCAUUGUGCGCAAGUGUCAUAUCUCUAUUAGUCGACUCCUCACCUCGUUCUCUAGGCCCUCAGUGCCCCAGCGUUCCAGCAUACAGCCACCGCUCGCUCUCCCCGUACCGCGCACAGCUGUGUCUCCGUUCUGCUACCCCGGUAGCCUCGUCAUCGUCUAAUAUAUUCCACGUAGAGCCUCCCCAGGCCUGCAAAUUAACCGCCAAGUGCUCCCACCGUCCACUGCUUGCACAGCUGAACUGCCGCUACACUCUGUCAUCGCCUUAUUCUCUGGCAUUGAAACGGAAUGGCCACCGCCGAACCCGCGUCAGGGCCCCAUGACCGCAACACUAUGCGCAAGCGGCCGUUCACAGGGUGGAUGAAGCGUCUCGCAAACCUGAAACCCUCGACAUCCGACUCUCCGAACGCUUCAGGAAAGAAAGGUCAAGGAGCAGCCCAUUCAAAAUCAAAGAAGUCUGCAGCUAAGAACAAUCCGUAUCCACAAUCUGGCCACUUCCGUGGCAAUGGCAACGGUCAUCCCUCUUUUUCGAGCCCCGUAUCCACCGCUAGAUCCAACGAGAGCUUUACGUCAGUAGAGGAGGCCUCCGCAGGACACCAAGGGGUACUUGCAACAAGCAACAAGUCCACGGCACCGACGGUGGCGACCAAUCCCGAAACGAUUCACUCCGGACGGUCAAAAGCAGAGACGGGCCACAGCAAUACAAUCAGUGGUGGAAGCACAUUCUCCUCUCCAAACCACUCGGACCGCUCUCUCACUACCACUUUGACCACUAUUCAGUCAAGCGCACCUUCGAAUGUGUUGGCUUAUCACGCACAGAAUGCAUCUGCUGCGAAUGUGCCACCAGUGCACUUCUCCCACCAGUUCCCAACCUCUCCACCUCCCUCAGCCAUCCCCCCUCAUCUAGCACCCCAACCACAUCCGCACUCUUACCAGGCGGCGACAGCAGGCGGUAUUCUUACGGACAAUGCGUCUAUUUUGACCUUGGCCUCUUCUUCGAAGCGCCGCCGGCGAGCCUCACUUGAUACAAACGCAUCUGUCCGUGCCUUAGCUCCGUCUUCAAUGUGGGGAGGCAGCCGGGACUCACUUCCACUGAGUGUACUCUCUGGCAACGCAGACAACAGCACAAUCUACAGUCCCUCGACUAGGCCUGGAGUGGGCGGCUUUGCAAAUGCGGAGCGAGCUAGCCUCUACUCUUCUUCGGGAGUGGCAGCUCCGGCGCUCAGCAGCGAGCGCAAUAGUUAUUACGCGAGCAAGCAGAAUGCUGAUGGCGUCAGCGUUCGAAGUGGAUUGCCAGGCCAUGGCCGAACAGACAGUAUUACUGGCAGCAUUGGGGCUACUGCUGCAAGCCCAUUGGCUAGUCCGAAGGAUCCGGUAGCAACAGGCAGGAUGAGUCGAAGGAGCUCAGAUUGGAAAGAAGCUGGUGAGGAUAGUGAGCUUGGAGACGAUGGUGAAUCACCCGCGUGCCCUGAAGUUGAAGGGAAAGGAAAGGCACCGGUGGUUUGAAUUGCUUUCAAUUUUGGUUUGCAUACUGCGUGAGGUAUGGACAAGGAAAGGGGCGUCAUUGGGACCGAGUGGAUGCUUCGAGGAUAGCAUGUGGCUCUGAGUUUUCU